AUGGGGAAUUAUAGAUUUUGGUCUACUGACACUCAACAUGUGUUUAAUUUAUAUGGGCAGCCUUAUGAGAAUGCUCCUGGCGAUUAUGGUCUCCAAUUGUUAGAUAUGGAUAUUCUGCUCAAUGCAACAUCAGAAUCAGACAAAUCAAGACUUCAGGUUGCCAUACAUGUAAUUGGAGAUAAAGCAAUCAAUAUGCUGCUAGAUAUGUUCGACAAGGUUGUUAGCUUGAAUAGAAUGAAGGACCGUAGGUUUCGGAUUGAGCAUGCCCAGCAUCUAUCCCCAGGUGCAGCAAACCGCUUCGGAGAGCAUGGUAUCAUCGCAUCAGUGCAGCCAGAUCAUUUGUUGGAUGAUGCCGACUCUGCUGGAAAGAAGAUUGGGGUAGAACAAGAUGAGCGGAGCUCCUACUUGUUCCUAUCACUACUGGCUGGCGGUGCACAUCUGGCUUUUGGUUCUGAUUGGCCUGUUUCGGACAUUUACCCGUUGCAAGCUAUUAAAACUGCAAUGUCCCGCAAGCUGCCCGAGUGGGAAGAGCCUUGGAUCUCCGAGGAGCGCUUGCCCCUGGAUGAUUCCUUGAAAGCGCACACGAUAUCUGCCGCAUACGCCUGCUUCAUGGACCAUGUUGUGGGCAGCCUCGCCGAACGGAAGUAUGCGGACUUCGUGGUCCUGCCAUCAACCUCAUGGUGCGAGUUCGCCUACGACAUCCCGGGGCACGUCCUGGCGACCUACGUGAACGGCAAGCAGGCCUAUCCGUAG